AUGGCCUUGCUGAAAAUUUUAAUAGCUGGUCCAUAUAUUCUAGAGGCCAUCCAGUUGGAAAGACUGGUUGGAAUGUACUUCAGUGGUUACAACUGUAGUACAGCUACUCAAAAGCUUACAAAGGAAAAAUUACAUUUCAGGACUUUCCCCCCUUCUUUUCAGGUUCAAACCCAUCUGGAAAAUCCAAUGAGGUAUCACAUUCAGCAAAUUCCACAGCAUCAAGUGAAACAGUUCCUGACACUGGAUACCAAGUUAUCAAGCGAACCUGUAUCACUGCCUCAUUCCCAUUCAAUACCUUCUUCAGGAUCUACACCUAUAUUAAAGAGUGGUCAUAUGCCUCCUACUAGUAAUAUCAGCAUUCCUGAAAGUCCAGUAACCAAGAUACUAACUCUUGGAGGAGAACAUGAAAAUGGGAUGGAAGAAGUUAUUGAUGAUAUAAUCAACAUGGAAUCAAAUUUUAAUGAUGAAGGGAUAAGUCGCUCUGAAACACCACUGCUCAUGCCAAGAGUGCUUUCAAGUAGCAUUCUGGAUAUAUACAGCAGUGACCAAGGAAUGACAGCUACUAAUAUGGGUCUUACCAAUACUUCCUGUCCUUCUAAUUUGCCUGUAAAAAGGGAAAUCACAGAUACACGAGCAAUGGCAAAAGAGAGACAAAAAAAGGACAACCAUAAUCUCAUUGAAAGAAGAAGGAGGUAUAACAUUAAUUACCGGAUCAAGGAGCUUGGCACACUUAUUCCAAAGUCUAAUGAUCCUGAUAUGCGUUGGAACAAAGGAACUAUUUUAAAGGCAUCAGUGGAGUAUAUCAAGUGGUUACAGAAAGAACAACAGAGAACGCAAGAGUUAGAGCAGAGACAGAAGAAAUUAGAGCAGGCUAAUAGACGACUCUUGCUUCGAAUUCAGGAGCUAGAAAUACAAGCACAUGCCCAUGGACUACCAAUCAUGUCUUCAAUUAGCGUGGUGGACUUAGCAUCCUGUGUCAUGAGGCAACAGGCAUAUCCCGAAGAGAAUUCAGUAGACUGUAUUCAACAUCUCGCCGCGGCCCACGAGCAACAUGCUGAUCUAGGUGACUCAGCUGCAGCCUUUUCUGAUCCACUCUCCCGCUUUACAGACUUGUCUUUUAGUGCUGCCUUAAAAGAGCAGAGAUUGGAAGAAAUACUACUAGAUGAUACAAUAUCGCCACUUGGGAUAGACCCUCUUUUAUCUUCUGUGUCUCCUGCUGUAUCAAAAGGAAGCAGCCGAAGGAGCAGUUGCAGUUCAGGUGAUGGUGAUGAUGUAUAAUGUAGGAAAACAUUCCAUAGGUAGAAUAGAAGGAAUUCUCCCUUGCUUUAUUGGUGCUAUACUUUAUGUUGCUGCUCAUUUCAGCAUAAUCAGGGUUGAUUGCUGAUAGACUCUGUUUUGGAAAGGGUUGAGUGUGAAAUAAAAAAAAAAUUGAAGAAAAAAUUCCAAUAUUAUGGAAAGUGGUAAUAUUUUACACUCAGGCAAGAGAAGGGGGGUGGGCACAUAUAUUCAAGGAGAGCAUUGCUCUUCAUGUAUACAGGGCAAACAUUUUGAAUGGAAGUUAUUUUAUUCAUUAAAAAUCAAGUUUCUGAAUCAUGAGGGGAAGUUUCAGAUAACCCUUUGCCCUCUGUGCAUGGAAGCUAAUGCAAAGAGGGCCUGCUGUUCCUUUUUCUCUGGGAACAUGCGUAGAAUCUUGCCAUUUCCACAAUGCCUUUGUUUGGAAGUGAUUGGACUCAAACCAUCAGACAUUUUGUAUUCAUUCUGAUUUAUUUACCAGGAAUGUUGUGCAUACUGUACAUUACCUUGCAAUUUUAUUCCAGUAUUAUAUAGCAUUCAAAUUCAUAUUAGGGAAUGUUGGGAUCAAGGGUAGCCAGUUACAUGUGAAUCUAAAAUUAGAGGGUAUGUUUUCCACUUUAGGAUGCUUGAACUAUUGAGACUGAGAAGCAGGACCCUAAAGUACAUAUAUUUGAUUGCCUAGUCCAUACAUUUCAUACAGCCUGACAA